AUGGCUCCACUGCAGGAAGGCAUUUAUGCGCGGGCACGUGUAAUUAAAGUCAAUCAGGUGAGGCCACGGCCGAUGCAUACAUGUGAGAACGGUAAUCUGAAAUGGGCUGAAGAGGAUUUGGUUAAUAUGUACGGUCUAAAAUCGGAAGAGGAAGAGCUGGGUGUUCCAAUUGAUCAAGCAUUUGUCUUCAAUCGCUUUGGUACCGUGCAUUAUGAUCGGGAACUGUUUGAUGGCGGCCAACAAAAAAUCUACGACAUCGUUGAACGUAGGGAAGCAAUUGUGGCUCAGAAUAAUCUGGAGAGGUGGCAAAUGACGUUCCCGGGUAACGAUGAAAUGAAAUAUCACUUAGUUGAUCGAGAAAUUUGGUGGGAAUCUGAACCGCGCCAGAUUCCAGUUGUUGACUUUGAAUGGCUAAAAGAGCAUCAAUUUUGUCAAGAUGGAAAACUUCUCGUCGAUGUGGAAGGAAGAAUUGCUGCAUUGGAAAAAGGCGAACGUGUUUACUGUAUAGUUGAUGUAGAAUUUGAGCUGGCCACUAUCCUUGGUCGUUGGCACAGAGCCGAGAUUUUAGGCUUAAAGGGUCCAUGUUGCCCGGACCGAUACUUUUGUCGUCUACGGCUUGUUGAUAUUGGUGGUAUUGAUAUCCGCCCGCUGUUUGAUGUUUUGGAGAUACAUCCAAUGCAUUGCCUUCGUCCACGGUUUUGUUUGCAGUUCUCUUUGCAUGGUUUGAAACCAGCAGCAGAUGAGAGACGGUCAGAUGAAGCUAUGCAUUUUUUCUAUCUUAAACUUCCACAGGAUUUCCCUGUUGUGCUGAAUGUUCUGGGUCACGGCAGGAUGAACAAGGAAAGUAUCUCCCUGUACAGCUGUGCAGCAUACAAUUUGCCCGAUGUGCUGUUUGUAAAUUCCAUACAGCCGCUGAACGGCUCAGGAACCAUACUGGAUAAUCGUCUUUUGCAAGAAGGAUGUGCAAUAAAGUCAUCGCAGAGUCCAAUUUCAUUGCAGGAAUAG